AUGGCACCGAACACCGUUGCGGAAAAGGCGUCUGCUGCUGCCGUCUCGGCCUCGAGUUCGACCGUUCCGGCCAGGAAGAUCGGCAAGGGCAAGACUAAGAAGGCGCUUUCGAAGAGCAGCGCUUCGGCCAUCGCAAGUGGAGGAGCGGACAAGCCGAAGAAGAGGAAGCCCAGCCGCGGGGAGCAUUUUGGAACGUACCUUUACAAGGUGUUGAAGCAGGUCCAUCCGGACACUGGCAUCUCGACCGAUGCCAUCAACAUCAUGAACAGCUUGAUGAACGACAUCUUCGAGCGGUUGGUCAGAGAAGCGGCGUUACUGACGCGCUACAACUCGCGGAAGACCUUGACAUCCCGGGAGCUCAACACCGCCGUCCGGUUGGUACUGCCCGGGGAGCUGGCUUGGAAUGCCGCAUCCAAGGGGUUGAAGGCCUUUACCAAGUACACCACUUCGAAGUGAA